AUGGCCACGCGACUCAGCCCCCGAAAUUCGGAGGUGAACGCGCUUGAACAGCGAGGCUAUCUAAUCGGGAAAAAAAUUGGACAAGGAUCGUACGCCACGGUCCAUUUGGCCGACUAUGUGGACGGAACGAGUCCAAAGAAGAUGCGGCUGGCGUGCAAGAUAUUCGAUAAGGAGAAAGCCCCCCGUGAUUUCCUGGACAAGUUCUUCCCGCGAGAGUUGGAGAUCCUGACGAAGAUCGAGAACCCGCACAUAAUCCAGGUGCACAGCAUCCUGCAGCGCGGUCCUCGCGUCUUCAUCUUCAUGAGGUACGCGGACAACGGCGAUCUCCUGGACUUCGUGAAGAGGAACGGCGUGGUCCCGGAGCAGCAGUCGAAGUUGUGGUUCCGGCAGAUGGCAUCCGGGCUUCACUACCUCCACGGGAAGAACAUCGCGCAUCGGGACCUCAAGUGCGAGAAUAUCCUCCUAUCCCGUCGGUUUAACGUCAAGCUCGCGGAUUUCGGGUUCGCCAGGUUCUGCGCCGACAACGAUGGCCGUCGGGUGCUGAGCCAGACGUAUUGCGGAUCGGCGGCGUACGCGGCGCCGGAAGUCGUCUCGGGGACGCCGUACAACCCGAAACUGGCCGACGUCUGGUCCCUCGGGAUAAUCCUCUUCAUAAUGCUGAACGCCUCGAUGCCGUUCGACGAUUCGAACCUCCGGAAGCUCCUCAAGGACCAGAUGUCCAGGAACUGGGUCUUCCGCUCACGCGUUCGCGACACCGUCUCCGCCCUCGCCAAGAGCAUCGUCCGUCACAUCCUCGAGCCCGACAUCACCCUCAGACUCACCCUCGACCGGGUCCUCGGUCACGAAUGGGUUCGCACGAGGAAAGAAAAGCCCGGAUCUCUCGGCAGCAGGCUAGUUCAUUCUGCGCCCCCGAUCCACCCCCAGGUCAGCGGGGGAGGCGUGAACAUGGGUGGUUCGGGAUUAGCACCGACCGGAAGUCCUCCAGCGGCGGCUAGAACGGGGAUAACAGUGUUCAAGAACCAAGAAAACGCCGUCCAAAAUACCGGUGCUAAGUCUAUGGAUGCAACGACUAAAGAUUCAGCUGGACAGCCGCCGAUUGUCGUUGAAUAA